UACCGAAAAGUUAGUUGAAGUUGACGAUUCGAUGUAAAAACAUCUCUAAUUUAAUUCUCGUUUUUAAAUGUUUCUUUUUAAUUUGUUUUCCUGUUAAUCAAUAAUAUUAUCAUCAACAAGAGUAGUCAAUUCCAAUAUCUCCAGAUCAUCUAAUGAAAGAAAGAUGGUCAGCUCUAAAGCAGUUGAAUGUAAAGAAUCACCAAAAGUGUUAGAUUAUUCAACCAGUAAUGAAAGAUUCUGCCUUUCAAAGAAUCACAAUUGUGCUAACAAAUUGGAUUUACAUCGUUUUUUUAAAAAUAAAUUAGUGAAUACUAAAGUGAUUAUCUAUUCCAUUUUAAUACCAAUCAUCUUGACAUCAUCUGUUGUCCACUGUAAAGACAGUGAAAUAGGUGAUCUAGAUCUGAGUGAAACUCCACAAGAACCAAUCCUAGUUUUACCUGGUGAUGAUGCUUUCAUUGAUUGUACCAUUCGAGAUUCAGCUAACCACACGGUUGUCUGGAAAUACGCUAAUGGAAUAGACGACCUUGAAUCAGCUCGUACUAUUACUGCGGAUAAAGUACGAAUCACAGAGGAUCCAAGGUUUUCCAUUCUUCAUCGUACAGGACAUCAAACCUGGAUACUCAAAAUUCGUGAAGCCAUUCCUUCUGAUUCAGGGGUAUACCUGUGUCAAGUCAAUUCUGACCCACCCAUUUCUGUUUCACGUUUCUUAACCGUCACUUAUCCUGAAGCGGGUAACCCUUUAUCUCAUGCAUCACCAUUUGUUACCUUAUCUGGGCACAAUUUCACUGAUUGUUGUAGAUCAGAAAAUGUCGCUGACAUCUGUUUACCAUUUUGUAACAUUAAAAAUCUUGUGGGACAAACGCCUUCUCCAGCUGCAGCAGUCACAUGUAUUCAAUAUAUGACACCAAUGGUUAGAUGUUUAGCUGAUGGACGUAAUCAUUUACCAUGUUGUAUGAGACAGAAUGUACCUGAAGUUUGUCUUCCGUCUUGCUCUGGAAAUUAUAAUCUAACUCGCGUUGUUGACAACAUUGUGUGCCUUCAAUAUGCAGCACCUAUUUUAUCGUGCAUCUCUCAAGGAAUUGAAACACUUCCCCCACAACCUAUUGCUGUUACCAUUGAACCUGUAUCAUCAACAUCACUCAGGGUCAAGUGGAAUUUACCUAUUCAAAGAGCUGGAUCAACAGAGCGAUCUCCGUCAGAUACAAUUCAAAUAAAUGUUACCAAAGGUGUUUCAUUCAAUUCUUUGGGUAAACCAAUUUCAGGGGAAGAUUUAUCAUCAAAUGUAAAAAAUUCAACGGACGUUAAAUCAAUUAAAGUAGAUGCUACUUUAAAUUCGUUUACUUUAACGGAGCUGAAACCGUUUACCUUGUAUCAAGUAGUAUUAACCGCGCAUAAUAAGUUUGGAUCCAGUCAACCAACUCCAAUGGUACAAUCAUUAACUGCACCAGAACCUAUUCCAGAAAAAAGUAUAAUCAAGUCAAAAUUAACGUCCUCUUCAUCAGUACCUGAUAACUCUUCGGGAAAAUCAGUUAAAUUACCCGACUUGAGAAAGUGCUGUAAGGAUAAUGGAAUGAAGAGUGAAGCGUGUAUUGAUGCUCUUUGUGAUCCUACUCAAGAAUAUAAUGUUUCACGAAUAAUGAGCUGCUCUCAUUUCGCCAAUGUAACGUUUAAAUGCAUGUCACUUUCAUCAGGUGAUCAAUCUGAAUGUUGUCGACUUCGUGGAGUUUCAACCUUUUGUCAAUCUUUGUGUAAAUCAUCUUCUGUUAUUAGCCUUCGACACACCGUCUGUUUCCAUCAUUUCCCUGCCUUUUUAAAUUGUUAUGUUGAACGUUUCGGAGUCUUACCCAGUCCACCCAUGGAUCUAGUGGUUUCUUCGGUUCAUCAUCGCUGGGCUUUAAUUGAUUGGAAGCAACCAAUGAAGCGAGGUUCAACCGUCACUAGAUAUAUUGUUCAUUGGCGUGAUAUGGAAUCAGUUGAACCGCUUAAAACUGAAACAGUGACCAACCCACCUUACCUUCUUGAUGAUCUUAGACCUGGUGUCCAGUAUGAAAUAUAUGUUACAGCACUCAACAAAUACGGAGCAUCUCAGGACUCUGUUCGAAUCGAUUUCCGUACUCAACCAUUACCUUCAAGCGCACUUAUUGAUGCUUCGAUGGCUUCAGCCAAAAUGAUCUACAAUGAAACUGCUUGUUGUGCUCGUGCCAAUAUUAGUGCCCUUUGCUUGCCCCUUUGUUCCUAUUCAGUAAAAGUGAAUGAGAUUCUAGGCUUAGGGCCAUUAUGUGUGGAUGCCGCAACAGCUUCAAUUAUUGUCCGAUGUACAGUUGGUGGUCGAGACCAUAAACCUUGUUGUGAAAGACGCGGUGUAUCACCUGAAUGUCAUGGCCUUUGCAAUGGUCUCAUUGAUGGAACUCCUUUCCAGGUUGGAACACGCUGUGGACCUGAAGGUCCAAAUAUAUUACUAUGUGUUAAGGAAGGUGCCGAAACAUUACCUGGUCAACCUUGGGAUUUACAUGCCUUUAAAGCUACACAAGACUCAAUUUACCUCCGUUGGAAAACUUCUGAUGAAGAUUUAGCGAGAGGACCGGACUCAGUUAAUUUCACCGUUCGUUAUAGUCCUGUGAGUAGUGACAGAGUUCCACUCCACCCAUUGAAACAUGCAUUCCAAGUGAAUACGAGCUCGACCGAGAUGGUUCUUGAAAAUUUAAAUGCCUCUACGACUUAUAGCAUUUAUGUGCAAUCAAUAAACUCAUUUGGAACUUCAUUACCUUCUUUCAUAUUAUUGGUUACUACUACAUCAUUAGAAAGUGAAAUCAGUGAAGGUCGAAUGGCAGCAACUAUUGGUCCUCCUCAUGCACUCGAAGUUAUCCAUCAAACUCAUGAAAUGAUUAGCUUACGUUGGCUUCCACCAUUAUACAUUUCACCAGAUGCAACAGUCAAUUACGUAGUUAACUUUAAACCAGUCACCGAUACCGAGUGGACUAAAAUUGAAGUCAAUUUUAAUUCAGCUGAUUUAGCUGGUCUAUUACCUGAUACAAAAUAUGCCAUUGCUGUUCAAGCAUCAACUGAAAAUGGCUACAAAAGUCAUCUUUCAGAGACUAUUCUAGUCUUUACAGAUCCUAUUCUUCCUGUUACGGUUGAUCCACCUGUUUUACUUCCCACUGGACCCAUAACUGAAGGUGAUAAUGUAACAAUACUCUGUGUGGGACGAGGUUUACCUCCUCCGGUCAUCUCUAUUCUCUUAAAUGGUCAAGUUGCCUACAAAACAAUGGCGGAAAAGGUUUAUUAUACCAUACCAAGUAUGCCUCGUAAUAUCACAUCAAUUGGAUGUUAUGCUGCCAAUGGUGUUUCUGUAGUAGGCUCGUCAGACGCACAUAAAUCAAUUCUUGUUCGUAUUAAAUCUACACCAACUGCCAGCAUCAAAGAAGAGUUUCUUCGCUCAAUGAAAUUUGCCGAAGUUAGGAUUUCGUGUCGUGUUUCUGGCGAUCCAAAACCUAAUGUAACCUGGUAUAAGGAUGGCGAUGAUCAAAUUAUGCUUAAUCCUGGCCCUGAAGUUGCCAUUAGAAUGAUGGACGAUGUCAUGUUGGCUGGAAGCUUUUAUUCAAUAUUGAUACUGCGAAAAGUCGCUCAAAUGGACACUGGUAGAUACAUCUGUAAAGCUACCAAUGAGCUUGGUGUGGCUUCUGAUUCAGUUGAAAUGCAAGUCGUCAUGGAAAAGGUUGAACGAAGCGAUGCAGCAGCUUGUUGUGCGCGUAGUGGCGUGCCUGAUGAAUGUCUAGGAGCUUGUACUUCAAGAGGAAUUGAUAUUUACUAUGCUUUCCAUAAACAUCAAUGUCUUAAUUCACUUGGACUGUUAAUUUUGUGUGCUAGAGAUGGUUAUGACCAUACCCAAUGUUGCCAACAACUCGGAGUCCAUCAAAAUUGCUUACAUUUCUGUGAAGGAGUUCCCAAUCCACGAUCAAAGGAAUCAUUUUGCUUACUUUAUGAUGCCAAAUUGAUUGUCCAUUGUAUAACAAGUACCAAUGGAAGUUCAGUUCCACUUCCAAGUGAAACAAAUGGCCUUUCUGAAGAUUAUGAAUUUUACUUCCAACAUCCAGAACAAUAUUAUCAUACAUCGACUUCAGCUGUUGUCUUGCCUUUGCUAAUUGCUGUUCUGUUUCUUUCCAUGGUUACUAUUGUUGUUGGAGUCAUGAUUUAUGGUUAUAGACGUUAUUUCAAAACUCGGAUAACUUCUGGAGAAGAUGUUGUUGGUUUUGAAAACCAAAGCUAUUUACGAGACAAUGAUUCAGUUGAUUUGGGUAAUCCAUUUCAACGAGUCAAUAGACUCAAUAGUCAAAAUGCUCGGGCUACAACAACAUGAAUAUAAUUAAAGUAUUAUAAUUUUUUAUUGAAAACAGUGAUAAAUGUGUUAGCUAUUAAUGACAGUAGACCAACUCUUUUGUAUAAUAUAUUUGUGAUUCAUCUGCAAAUCAAAUUUUUACAUUAGCAGUUGAUUAUUUUUUAAACAAAGUCUAUACUUUAAUACAUACAACCCAUAAAUAAUUAGUGAGUAGCUCGUAAUUGUUGUUCACUAAUGUAAUUGUGCUGAGAAGUGUAUUUUAAUGUUCCAUUCAUGUUUCAUUUUCAUUCUCAAAUUCAUACUCUCUUCCAACACAAUUAUGUUGUAAAAAAUGAUGAAUAUUUCGUAUAAUUUAUUGUAAAUUUGGGUGUGAUUACAUGUUUUUUAUAUAAAAAGACAAAAAGUAUGUAAUUUCUUUUCGUCUAAUAAAACCAACUCUGAUACAUCUGUUUAUAAAA